CGUUUACGGUUACCUUCUCGGCGGUUGGUUGCUGUGAUGUGGAUCGCAGUGUAACUUUUCAAGGAAGAAAAUUAUAUUGAAAACAUAAAUCAAAUAUGGAAGGUGGCCAAGUUCAUGAUUCUGUCAAGGACUACUAUGGUAAACAACUUAAGACAGUAAAUGAUCUGAAGACACAGGCCUGUGUUACAGUCGGGAAAUCUGUGACCAAACCAGUCAGGGAAGCGGUAGCUGCUGUACAUGAUGAAGUGGUGUCUAAGUACUAUGGAUGUGGACUGGUGAUUCCAGAGAAACUGGAGGGAAUGAAGAUUUUAGAUUUAGGGAGUGGAAGUGGGCGGGACUGUUUUGCUCUCAGUAAGCUGGUUGGUCCAAAUGGUCAUGUGACUGGAAUUGACAUGACAGAUGAACAGAUAGCUGUGGCACGCAAAUACAUAGACUAUCACAGAGAAAAGUUCGGUUAUAAAGAGGCCAAUACAGACUUUGUACAAGGCUACAUUGAAAAGCUUAGAGAAGCUGGACUGAAGGAAAAUUACUACGACAUCAUCAUAUCAAACUGUGUGAUUAAUCUUUCUCCAGACAAAAAAUCUGUACUUAAGGAGGCUUACAGUGUCUUAAAGGAGGGAGGGGAGUUUUACUUCAGUGAUAUUUACGCAGAUAGAGAGCUGGAGGACUCAGUCAGGAAAGAUGAAGUCCUCUGGGGUGAGUGUAUUUCUGGAGCCCUGUACUGGAAGGAAUUGUUCACCCUUGCAUCAGAAGUCGGCUUCAGUCGACCAUUUCUUGUGACAGCAGCACCUGUCCCCAUUGACCGAGAAGACUUCAAGAAGAUCUUAGGUGAUGCUCGCUUUGUGUCUGUGACGUACAGACUUUUUAAACUUCCUCCCGAAUCAAAGGCAGAACCAACUGAAGUCAUCUACAAUGGGGAGAUUCCAGGCUACGAGGCUGAAUUUAAGUUUGAUCAUCAACACAUUUUUAAGAAAGAUGAUGUUGUCAUGGUAACUGGGGCAGUUGCUGCGGCCCUGAAAUGCUCCCGUUUCUCAGACGAGUUUGAGUAUCAACCAGGCCCUAAGAAAUCCUGUGGUACGGAUAGCAAUAGCAAGCUGGAUUUUGAGGAUCCAUUUGAAUACCUGGAAAACUUGGCAAAGAAAGGUCAGAAGGUCGAGGCCUCGUGUUGUGGUGGAUCCAACAAGUGUUGCUGAGGCCUCGUCUUGUGGUGGAUCCAACAAGUGUUGCUGAGGCCUUGUUUUGUGGUGGAUCUACCAAGUGUUGCCAAGACAUGAUUUGGAUAAACUUUAAAUUGACAAGUAGAGUGGCCUAUUCCUAGAGCCAGUACCAUGUAGACAAUGUCAAAAAUAAAUGUAGAAAUAUUAUCUUGGAACAAUAAUGUCCAUCUUAGAAAUGUUGUAAAUGUUGUAAAUCCCCACUCCCAGUAAAAUGGAAUAUUGUUAUAGGAUACUAUCCUACUAUGUAAAGCCAAAAGAGAGAUCAGUGUUCAGAAGACAAUGCUUUGUCAGUGGUAUGCACUAAAUGUAGAAUACAUUAAAGCCAUGGGAAUAUCCCUAUAGGGAGUUGGGUGGGUGGGGGUUGUUGGUUGUGGAAGACUGCAUAAAAAAUACACCUUCUUCAGAGAUAUUUACAAUUAUUACAUGUAUGUUUGUAGACAAAUAUGUAUUCAUACACAUGUACCUGUAAAAGAUGUAUAUACAUAUUAUAUUAAUAUGUUGUUGAUUGUGGGGAGAUAAAAUAGUGCAAUUAUUUCAAUUAUAAAUUAUAAAUGUAUAGGACAUGUUUAAGUUAAAUGUGUUUUAAAACAAAUUAUAAAUUUAUAAGGCAUGUUUAAGCUAAUUGUGUUUUAAAACAUGUUGAAAUAAAAUUAAAUAGAUUGAGA